UAUAUAGCUGCUAUAUACACGUUUUAAUUCGUAUUGGACGUAUAAUGACCUUAUAAAAUUUGUGUUGUGUACAUAGUUUUUGAUUGGUUCAAUUUUAACGAAAUUCUAUUUGAAGUAUAGUGAAUAUGUAGUUGUGUAUAUUUUAAAAUUAUUUGGACAUAUGUACCAAUGGUCCUUAUUUCUUGGUCAAGAAUUCAAAUCAAUUAAGGAUUUCAUUUUAAACAUGAAUUCAACUCAUAAUGUAAAAAUGGAUCUGUCUCUGGCGCACGAGUCAGGAAAUAUGCAAACCCAAUUUGCAUCCUUUCAAAACUUUGAACAGUUUUCGGCAUCAGGAUAUUCAAACACGCCUAUAUAUGUCACAAAUCCGCCUGGAAUCGGGGCCAUGUCAAGUCUUGCACCACGCUCUUCGGUUCUUGGCCCUCAACAUAAGAUUCAAACCACCUCCCCAGACAUUUCCAUUCCCGGUACUGAAAAUCAUUCAUUAGCUCCCACAGUGAGAUAUGUACAAGCAGGCAAAUUCGAGGAUACGCCACAAUAUGGAAUAUCUGGUAUACCUUGUGGCAUUGACUCCGAGUACACAGAUGAACCUGUUGUACCGUACUGCUAUACGUCAGAAGCUAACUACACAGGAAUUCAAGGCACAACAUCAAACAUAAAACACCUUUCUGGAAGGACUUAUAACGAUAACCUAAACGGCUCCGAAGCAGCCGCAGAUUCCCAAUGUAGAUCGUUCGAAAGUUCGACGGAAUUUAAGUUACCGCAAUUAACCAUGAGUUCGUUAAACAUUGUCCCUCAAAGAAUGGGAGAUAAAGAUGAUUAUAUUGCAGGAUCGGAUAAUGAUAUUUGUUCUACAAUGAGGUGGCGGGAUCCAAAUCUUUCGGAAGUUAUAAGCUUUUUAAGCAAUCCGAGCAGUGCCAUAAAGGCAAAUGCAGCGGCUUAUUUACAACAUCUAUGCUACAUGGACGACCCGAAUAAGCAACGAACAAGAUCUCUGGGCGGAAUACCACCAUUAGUUCGAUUGCUGUCUUAUGAUUCUCCAGAAAUACAUAAAAAUGCUUGCGGUGCUUUGCGAAAUUUGUCUUAUGGCAGACAAAAUGAUGAAAACAAACGUGGAAUAAAAAACGCUGGAGGAAUAGAUGCCUUGGUUCACCUGCUUUGUCGGUCUCAAGAAACAGAAGUAAAAGAGUUGGUGACAGGAGUUUUGUGGAAUAUGUCUUCCUGUGAAGAUUUAAAACGUUCAAUUAUUGAUGAAUCACUUGUUUCUGUAGUGUGCAGCGUUAUUAAGCCUCAUUCCGGCUGGGAUGCUGUUUGUUGUGGAGAUACAUGUUUUUCUACUGUAUUUCGAAAUGCUUCUGGAGUAUUACGAAAUGUAAGUUCUGCUGGAGAACAUGCACGAGGAUGUCUUCGUAAUUGCGAGCACUUAGUUGAGUGUCUUCUUUAUGUAGUACGAACAGCGAUUGAGAAAAAUAAUAUUGGAAAUAAAACAGUUGAAAAUUGCGUCUGUAUACUUCGCAAUCUUUCAUACCGAUGUCAAGAAGUUGAAGAUCCCAAUUACGACAAGCAUCCUUUUAUAACACCAGAAAGAGUUAUAUCAUCUCCAUCAAAAGGAGAAAACUUGGGCUGUUUUGGAACAAGCAAAAAAAAGAAAGAGGGUUCUAGUAAUUCCGAGGCGUUACACGAGUACCAUAUUUCUACAGAGUAUUCUAAAAGUUCGGCAACACGUAACCAAGUAAAUAAGGGGUAUGAACAAUUAUGGCAGCCUGAAGUAGUUCAAUACUAUUUGUCAUUAUUGCAAAGUUGUUCUAAUCCAGAAACCCUAGAAGCCGCUGCAGGCGCAAUUCAAAAUUUAUCUGCAUGUUACUGGCAACCCAGUAUUGAUAUUCGCGCAACAGUACGCAAAGAGAAAGGUCUACCGAUUCUUGUAGAGCUCCUUAGAAUGGAAGUGGAUCGUGUAGUAUGUGCAGUUGCCACAGCCCUGCGCAAUUUAGCUAUUGAUCAACGCAACAAAGAACUUAUUGGAAAGUACGCAAUGCGAGACUUAGUUCAAAAACUUCCAUCUGGAAAUAUACAACAUGACCAGAACACGUCAGAUGAUACAAUAACAGCUGUUUUGGCUACAAUUAAUGAGGUUUUAAAGAAAAAUCCAGAGUUUUCACGGUCCCUGUUAGAUUCAGGCGGGGUUGAUCGACUUAUGAAUAUAACAAGACGAAAAGAAAAAUAUACUUCUUGUGUAUUGAAAUUUGCUAGUCAAGUUUUAUACUCCAUGUGGCAACAUAACGAAUUACGUGACGCUUAUAAGAAAAACGGUUGGAAAGAGCAAGAUUUUAUUAGCAAACUUUUUGCUGCACAUAACACUCCGCCAAGUUCACCAAAUAAUGCAAACAAUACCCUCAAUAGACCCAUGGCUUCACAGGGACGUACUCGCUAUGAAGACAGGACUAUUCAGCGCCCAACAAGCAGUUCAUUUGGGGCUAAGGAUUCUAAUUCGGUCAUGUCAAGUAAUGAAUCUGCCUUGCUUUCGGAAAUGGUUAGAAAACAAUUAUAAAAUGUUGGAUUUCUUCAUUAUUAUAUGAUUAUUAACUACAUGAAGAGUAUUUAAUAUAUUAAAAAAAGCUUAUUAACGGGGUUGGCUCAAAAAUCUCAUCGACCGGUUUUGGCAUGAUAUUUGUAUUAAUUUACGUUAGAAUUGCAUCAAGUUCCGUCCGACGAUAUUUCUGCUCCACCCCCGUUUUUAUAUUCCCAAAGCAAAAUAGAUUUUACCGCAUUUACCCAACUUAAUUGUAAAAUAUCAUAUUAUUUAAAUAUUUAGAACACUAAUCUGAUAAAUUUAUAAAUAAACUAAGAUAUAUCCAAGUAUA